AUGGCCGCUACGAACAACAAGUCCACGACGACUUUUACCUCCCCUUCAACCCCACGCAAUGUGACCACAACAACUUGCCGUCCUCCUUCAUCCCCCACGCCUACCUGGCAGUCCAACGUCGACAUCCCCACACGCCGCACGAUGAUCCACAAGCUGCUGUGGGUGUUUCAGCACAAACACCAAGCGAUGCAGCGUCUCCUCUCGGCCAGCCUCGACCCGUCCCAUGGCUUAACCAGUCGCCAUCCCCCGCCAAUGGUGGACGCCCGUCUGCCAUCGCUCGUGCGUCGUCUCGAGCUCGCUCUGUACCUGCGCGCAGCCUCGUUAGACGAGUACUUGAACGAACAGUCGCUCCAUCGCCGCGUCCAGCACUUGAUCGUGUCGUUGCAUCACCAAACGGUGCUGCAUUUCCGCGCUCAAGAGGGGCUGCUCAAGCGCCCGCGUCCGUCCGACGACGACGACCUCCUUCCCCACACGACGAUGCCUGCCAAAAAGCACCACAGCCAUCGUCUUCUACCUCAAGGCAUCCUCUUUCUCAACAACCAAGAGCACGUGCUCGGCGUCGUGUUUUCGUUCCUCGAUGGCGUCGACGUCGUGCGCUGCAUGGGUUUGAAUCGAUUCGCCGCGUCGGUCUUGCCUCUGCACGUGCGGUACCUCGACUUGUCGUGGGUCCAGUUCACGUCGGCCGUGCAACGCCGCCUGCAACGAUUCCAGAAACUCGAACGGCUGGCCAUAUCCCCCCCUCGUCCGUCCCUUUCGACCACUUUAAGGACCACCAGCAACGAGUGCUUGGUCGAGCAACUUGCUGCCGUUUUACCGACCCUCAAAAAUCUUCAACAACUCACUCUCGCCAACGUGUACAUCCACACGGACGACGUCAACGCAACGUCCGCCCUUUGCCGCGCAUUGCACUCGUGCGUGUCCCUCACACACCUCAAUCUUUCUGGCAAUGCCAUUGGGGACUGCGGCAUGUCGUCCGUUGCUGCGUUGCUGCCGUCGUUGCCGAGCUUGGUCUACUUGGAUCUCCGACGCAAUUACAUCGGCGAAGGCGGGAUGCUGGCACUGGCGUCGAUACUUCAAACGGGCGGCACCCCCCUGCGCCUCCACACGCUGCUUCUGGGGUCGAAUAUUGCCGCCAACUCGGUGAACGCCGUCGCAGCUGGCGUGGGCCACCGCCGCCUACAGUACCUGCGGGUGUUGGGCCUAGAAGACAACUUUGUCGACUUGAAGGGCGUCGAGGCGCUGGCCAGGGUGCUCCAGCAAGGCGUGUGUCCCAUGCUCCAGGAGCUCUGCAUUGGCGACAACGUCGUGGACAACCAACGAAUUCGGUCCGUGUUUGCCUUUGCCAAGCUCGCAAAAAACAACGACUAG